AUGGCUACCAUCCCACAGCUACACCCCCGGCUCUCACUGCACCUCGCGGACCGCUCACUGACGCCCUUGAUCUCCACCUCGAAGACGUUGGCGACGGGCGGCGGCAGCGGCGGCCGUAACCACGAGGAGCAGCAGAAGAAACAGGACGCCCUCGCCAGCCUCGCCUCGACAGCGCUCACUAUCCACGACGCGGCGCUUCAUUUCGGCUUGGGUCGACCGCAGCGCGUCCUUGCCGACUAUGGCGGCCCGGUCAUGAUUCAGACUUUUCUGGACCCUGCCGCCCUGCGGGACGAGCCUCCUUCUACACUACCAACGGCAGCAGCAACGGCAGCAGCAACGCCGAAUCCUGCGGCGGUGGCCCCCCCUGGUAGUGGUGCAACUCACCUGAUGCCCCACAGGCCGCUUCCCCAUCGUGGCCUGUCGGCGUCAUCCAUCAGGUCUGCCUUCUCGAGGCCUACUAGCAGCAGCACCACGGGGCAGAGGUCGCAGAUGGACGGCGAAGGCUUCAGGGUGAAUGGCUCUUCGCCAGCGCCCCAGGUCGACCGGGCGGCCUACUAUGGGGGCCAGGGCUUUCCAAACCCCGCUGUUGCUGCUGCCAAGACUGGCCACGCCGCACAUGACGACGACCAUGACGAUCACGACAGUAACGACGAUGCCGAUAGUAUGGGUAGCCACAAGGAAGACGAAGACGCAAACUCCCCUCCAAUGCUUGUCGGUGUUGUUCUGAGCGCAAGUGCUGAAGAUGCCACCGAUGCUAGGAGAGCCACUGCUCGUUUGGAGAAGAUAGGCCGUGAAAUCCAGCGACGCUGGUGUUUCGAAUGA